AAUGAUUCUCCAUGUAGAGAAGAUACAUAGCUGCCUUAAGACUAAAUCUCUCUUACUCUUAGAUCAUGGCCUCUCUCAUUCACUCAACUUUCCAACCUAACACAAACCCAGAAAUCAAUACUGCAAUACUAGAAAUGGAAACCAUUAAUCGAUUGCCAAGCAAAAACAAGGUGGUUCGGACUCAACUGGAGGAUGGUGUUUUCUUGACAUGGCAGGAUCUGUGUGUGACAGUAUCCAAUAAAAAAAGUGGCACCAAAUCGAUCCUUCAGGGCCUAUAUGGUUAUGCUCGGCCCGGGGAGCUUCUGGCUAUAAUGGGUCCUUCUGGUUGUGGCAAGUCUACACUUCUUGAUACAUUAGCAGGGAGGUUGGGUUCAAACAUAGGACAAAGAGGAGAGAUUCUGGUUAAUGGUCGUAAAAAGGCCCUUGCUUACGGAACAUCGGCAUAUGUAACACAAGAUGAUACAUUAAUGAUGACUUUAACUGUCAGAGAAGCCGUGUAUUACUCAGCUCAGCUGCAAUUACCCAACUCCAUGUCAAAAUCAGAGAAGAAGGAGAGAGCUGAAACAACAAUAAAAGAGAUGGGCUUGCAAGAUGCAGUGGACACAAGAAUUGGGGGAUGGGGAGUCAAAGGCCUUAGUGGUGGGCAAAAGAGGAGAGUUAGCAUUUGUAUAGAGAUCAUAACACGCCCCAAGCUUCUCUUCCUUGAUGAACCAACAAGUGGGCUUGAUAGUGCAGCAUCAUAUUAUGUAAUGAGCAGAAUUGCAGGCUUAGGCCAAAGAGAUGGGAUUGGAAGGACCAUUAUUGCAUCAAUUCAUCAACCCAGCAGUGAAGUCUUUCAGCUCUUCCACAAUCUUUGUCUCUUGUCUUCAGGUAGAACUGUAUAUUUUGGUCCUGCUUCUGCAGCUAGUGAGUUUUUCACUUUAAGUGGUUUCCCUUGUCCCACUCACCAAAAUCCAUCUGAUCACUUCCUUAAAACCAUAAACAAGGAUUUCCAACAGGACGUUGAACAAGGUUUAGCUGGAGCAAUAUCGACAGAGGAAGCAAUUGAGAUACUUCUAAGCUCGUAUAAAUCAUCAGAGAGGUACAAGCAAGUACGGAAACAAGUAGCUGAAAUAUAUAAACAGGACCAUGGAGAAUUGGAGACGAAGAGAAGCCACGCUAGCUUUCUUACUCAAUGCUCUGUUCUAACGAGAAGAUCUUUUGUGAACAUGUAUCGUGACCUAGGCUACUAUUGGUUGCGCCUAGCAAUUUAUAUGGCAUUAGGUCUAGGCCUUGGUACCGUGUAUCACAAUAUUGGGCAUAGUUAUGAUUCAAUUCAGGCUAGAGGUGCAUUGCUUUCAUUUAUAGCUUCAUUCCUAACGUUCAUGGCCAUUGGUGGAUUUCCUUCUUUUGUGGAGGACAUGAAGGUAUUUGAACGAGAAAGAUUAAAUGGGCAUUAUGGUGCUGCUGCAUUUGUUAUUAGCAACACACUCUCUGCAGUGCCAUACUUGAUACUGGUUUCAGUUAUUCCUGGAGCAAUAGCUUAUUACUUGCCUGAACUACGCAAAGGACAUGAAUAUUUUUUGUACUUUGCUCUAGUGCUAUUUGCAUGUAUGAUGUUGGUUGAGAGCCUAAUGAUGGUUGUUGCGAGUAUAGUGCCUAAUUACCUAAUGGGCAUAAUAACUGGUGCUGGAAUUCAAGGGCUAAUGAUAUUAGUUGGUGGCUUCUUUAGAUUGCCAAAUGAUCUACCUAAACCAUUGUGGAAAUACCCAUUACAUGAGAUUGCUUUUCACAAGUAUGCUUACCAAGGAAUGUUUAAGAAUGAGUUUGAAGGAGAAGUAUAUCCCAAUAACAAAGCUGGAGGACCGCCCAUCAUCACUGGAGAAGAAAUUUUGAGAGAUUUGUGGCAAGCCGAAAUGGGUUAUUCUAAGUGGGGCGAUCUUGCCGUCUUGCUAGGGAUGAUAGCUUUUUAUCGACUUAUGUUUUUGGGCAUCAUCAAGGCUAAUGAAAAGGUCAAGCCUAUGAUUAAGGCUUUCAUUUCAAUGCCUCCUAAGCAAAAUACACAAGUUACAGUGAAUCCUUCUUCUACACCCUUACAUAGAGAGAUGAUCUAGUGCAGGAUUUUUAGCAUAAUGGAUUCUACUUGACAACAAUCUAUGUGAAGUUCUGCCUUUUCUUUUCGAAAGAAAUAAGACUGGUUUGAUUGGUAA